AACCCCCACCCAUAAAAAAGUCUGCUAAUCAUUUACUUGCAGUCCAGUUUGUUGAGGACUGAUGGUUCUAUCCGUCUUCCAAGAAUGGAGGUUAGAACAUGGUAUGCCACUCUUACUUGGUUCCAGUUGAUCACCAACUGCUUCAUUAUACAAUAUCUCUUGCUAGGAUCCGUACAGUCACUAAACUGUUCAGAACCAACAACUAAAUCGCUCCUUAAUGCCAUGAAAAAGGAAGUCAUCCUUUACAGCGAUGCAAGGCCAGUUAUAAGUCUGAGCACUCCCACCAACGUCACCGUGGACUUGACUCUCUAUGGAAUCUUAGGAGUGAAUGAAAAAGCACAGGUGUUGGAAACAUAUGUGUGGGUGAGGAUGACAUGGCAGAUUGAAGGUUUGAGCUGGGAUCCUGCGGAGUGUGGAGCAGAAAAGAUUUCACUACCAAGAGAGAAGAUAUGGGUUCCAGACAUUAUCAUUAAUGAAUUCAUGGAUGAAAACCGAGCACCAGAAACAUAUUACGUCUAUGUGAACUCCACUGGUCAUGUGCUUGAUGGGCGGCCGUUUCAUGUAAUCAGCUCCUGCAAACUGGACAUCUACACCUUUCCAUUUGAUUUUCAGAACUGUUCAUAUACUUUCAACUCUUACAAACACACUCGUGAUGAUGUUCAGUUGUUCUUCUUGCUGCCCAUUGAGGAGAUAUUCAAAAAUUCUCUUAAAGCAAUAACAACUAAAGGAGAGUGGGAGCUGAUAGACAUGCGGGCAAAAAAAACUGAAGAGGACUUUCAUGGAGAGAAAUGGGAUAACCUCAUUGUUUAUAUUGUCUUGAGACGUCGAGCUACGAUGUAUGUUGUGAACCUCCUGAUUCCCAGCAGCUUCCUGCUUUCUUUGGAUCUCUUCAGCUUCCUGCUGCCUCCUCAAGAGGUGGACCGUGUUUCCUUCAAAAUGACCCUGAUUUUGGGUUACACAGUCUUCCUGCUGUUAAUGAACGAGAUGCUGCCAGUCACAGGAAAUAACUUACCGCUCAUAAAUGUUUUUUUCUCUCUCUGCUUGGCCUUGAUGGUAGUAAGUCUCCUUGAGACUAUCUUCAUCACCAAUGUCAAGUGUGGUUGCCGUGACUUUCCUCCGUUACCUAAGUGGCUCAGGAUUCUGGUUCUGGAAUAUCUUGCUCCACUUAUUCGUAUGAAGAAAUCUUGUGAUAAACACAUUGUAGCAAACAGAUCUGAGAGCACUUUCAACAAAAACAGCAUGACUGACAAUGCCAUGAUUGACAUUCCAAAGGAAGAACUAGUUAGUGGAAGUCAAGUGAGAGUCUGGGAACAAUGUCUUGAUGAAAUGAAGAAGAUGAGUAAAGAUUUAUUGGCCAUCCGCCACCAAGUUGAAGAGCAAUUCAAUAAUGACAACAGAAAAGAUGAAUGGAUCAUGUUUGUUAAUGUCAUUGACCGCGUGCUCUUUAUAAUGUAUAUUCUCUUUAUCAUUGUGAGUUUAGGCACAAUUAUGAUCUGUGGCUCCACUUUUAAAAUCUAGACAAAAGGCCAUAAUAUAUAAUAUAUAAAUCUGAUGAUGUCAAUGGGGCCAUGAUUUAUUUAUGAUGUAAUGCAAGGGAUCUUCACCAAAAUACUCUACCUUUUGUAGUUCACCAAAAAUGACAAUUCUAUCAUCAUUUUCUCAUCCACAAGUUGUUUCAAACACAACAGAAAAUAUUCUGAAGAAUGUUGAUGAUCAAAUAUGUGGACAGUAACCACUGACUUUAUGGUAAAAAAAGGGAAAAAUAAUAAUACUUGCAACUGUUUCUUUUGGAAUAACUAAAGUGAGAGUAUAUCAUGACAGGAUUUCCCUUUCCUAUCCCAUAGACAUUUAGUCUCUAGAAAGUUGUAUAAAUAAGUAUUAGUAUUAGUAUUUGUAUUUGUAUUGGUAUUUAGCAUGUAUUUGUGUUUAGACUGAAUCUGACAUUCUGUUUUAUCUGUUUUACCCAAAAGAUGUUUUGUUGGCUUUGGUAUCAUGAAUGGCAAUGACUUUUGUCACUGUUAUUAUCAAAUAUUCUAAUAUUAGAUAAAAUUAAAUAUUAUUUAAAUAUCACACAAA